AAUUGUUCCCAACCCCAACCCCAACCCCAACACCCUCCUCUCCUCCUCCUCUUCUUCUUCUUCUUCUUCCAUUUUCUUAUUUAUUUCGUCAUCUCCAUCUCUUGUUGCUGUAGUCCCAGUCCCAGUCCCUGUCCCAAGAAUGAAGAGGUUUGCGGUGAAGGUAGAACAAGGAAGGGAGCGCCAAGUCGGGAAGCCAUCUCGCGGUCCCGUUUACAGGAAUUCUUUGUCCCAACAUCAAUAUCCCCCCAUUAACGCUACUUUGAACACUACUUGGGAUGUUUUCAGAUCAUCCGUCGAAAAAAAUGCUGAGAAUAGGAUGCUGGGAUGGCGUGAGUUGGUAAACGGGAAGUGGGGACCCUAUGUUUGGAAAACUUACAAGGAAGCGUAUGACGAAACUCUGCUUAUUGGUUCAGCCCUGAGGGCCCAUGGUUUUGAACCUGGUGAUCGCGUUGGAAUUUAUGGUUCAAAUUGUCCCCAAUGGAUCGUCGCCAUGGAGGCCUGCAAUGCCCACAGCUUAAUUUGUGUUCCCCUAUAUGAUACGCUUGGCCCGGGAGCUAUUAACUACAUACUCGAUCAUGCUGGGAUUGAAGUUGUGUUUGUUCAAGAUAAGAAAGCGAAAGAAAUUUUUAGUGCUGACUGCCCUCAUGCUGAAAAGCUAAAACUGAUUGUUUGCUUCUCCUCAUUAACAAAAGAGGAGGUGGAUAAGGCCACUUCUAUGGGCAUUAAAGCGUAUUCCUGGAAUGCUUUUCUGAAAAUGGGAGAAGGAAAUCCAGCAGAAAUUUCACCACCGGAGGCAUCCGACAUAUGCACAAUUAUGUACACUAGCGGGACGAGUGGUAAACCUAAAGGUGUUAUGUUGACCCAUGAAAACUGUUUAACAAACAUAAGUGGUGUGGAUCUUUUCAUGGAGCAAUUUGAAGACAAGAUGACGGUGGAUGAUGUCUACAUAUCUUUCCUGCCUCUUGCUCACAUUCUUGAUCGUAUGAUUGAGGAAUAUUUCUUUCACAAGGGUGCUUCAGUUGGCUAUUAUCAUGGUGAAAUCAAAGAAAUAAAGGACGAUCUAAUGGAGUUGAAACCAACAUUCUUGGCAGGAGUACCUAGAGUUUUUGAACGUGUGCAUGAAGGAGUUCUACAAGCACUUGAAGAACUCAACUGGAGACGUAGAAAAAUUUUCCACAUGCUUUACAAAUACAAACUUUACUGGAUGAAUCGAGGGUACAAGCAGAAAGAAGCAUCACCUUUGGCUGAUCUAAUUGCCUUUGGGAAGGUGAAGAACAGAUUGGGAGGCAGAAUACGGCUGAUAGUCUCAGGCGGCGCCCCAUUAAGCAGUGAGGUGGAGGAAUUCCUAAGGGUUACUUCGUGUGCCUUUGUAUUACAAGGCUAUGGACUUACAGAGAGCUGUGGAUUGUCAACCAUUGGGUUUCCAGAUGAGAUGUGCAUGCUGGGAACAGUUGGGGCUCCAUUUGUGUAUAAUGAAGUCUAUCUGGAGGAAGUACCGGAAAUGGGAUAUGAUCCGCUUGGAGACCCUUCCCGCGGUGAAGUAUGUUUUAGAGGGAAAGCGCCAUUUGCAGGAUACUACAAGGACCCGGAAUUGACACAAGAAACUGUUGUAGAUGGGUGGUUUCACACAGGUGACAUUGGGGAGAUGAUGCCUAAUGGGGUGCUGAAGAUCAUUGACAGGAAGAAGAAUCUUAUAAAGCUGUCUCAAGGGGAGUAUGUUGCGGUUGAGCAUCUGGAAAAGGUUUAUGGCAUCUGCCCCAUCAUCGAAGAUAUAUGGGUGUAUGGGGACAGCUUCAAGUCGAUGCUGGUUGCGGUGGUUGUGCCGAACGAAGAGUACACCAAAAAAUGGGCACAGCAGAAUGGGCGGCGCAAAGAGUCGUUUGAGGAUCUGUGUACCCUCGACUGCCUAAAAGAUCAUAUCCUCCACGAGCUCCAGAGUGUGGCUGAGAGAAACAAGCUGAGAGGAUUUGAGUACAUCAAAGGUGUAAUUUUGGAGGCACAGCUCUUCGAAUUGUCGGAAAAGGAAUUGGUAACUGCAACCCUGAAGAAGAGACGAGACAGAUUGCUCAAGCAUUACAAGGUGGAAAUUGAUGGCCUCUAUCACAAACUGAUGAACAAAUCCAAGUAAAGGUAGAGCGGAGGAGGCAGAGAGAGAGAGAGAGAGGAAGGGGAGGGGAGGGUAUAGUAUAGGCAUCCAUCCAUCUCAAUAAUGAAUGAAUAAAUAAAUAGAUGUUAUAAGAGUGAGUGAGUGAGUGAGUGAGUGAGUGAGUCUUCUCUUCUUCUUCCUUUUCUUCUUCUUCUUCUUUACAUAGUAAUAAUUACAUGGGUUGGUGAGGGACGUGUGUGUGUGUGUAUUCAAAUUGUGUUGAAUGAUCAUUCAUUAUUAUCAUCAUAAUGAGACGGGCAGGCAACUUUUUAACUAACCUUAAUAAAAGCAGCUCUUCUCACCUCA